AAGCUUUCGGUCUACUGGCCUGGCAACACUGCUGACAGUUACACGUGAAAUUAAAAAUGAGGCAGCUGAUAAAGGAUUAGCCUAGGCCUAUAUCGUCAUAUUCCGAAUUCAGGUUUAAUUCUGCAUGGAAGAUUCAAAUCUUAUUGUGGGCGUGGAUGUAGGAGGGACUUACACAGAUGCCGUGUGCCUUAGUGAGGGUCAUGUGGUGGGCGUCGCCAAGGAACCAACCACACUGGAUGUGACGGGGGGCGUGAAACACUCCAUCCAGAGCCUCAUGAGAUUAUUCCAGGAACAAGGUCAACCAACUAACUUUCGUCAGGUGAACAUCGGAACCACUCAUUUUGUGAAUGCAGUGCUGCAGCGGCGUCACUUGACCCGUGUAGCCAUCCUAAGGCUAUGCGGGACCGCUUCCCGAGCUCUUGAACCAUGUAUCGAGUUCCCAGAUGACCUCAAGCAGACAGUGUAUGAUUCACAUUACUUCUUGAACGGUGGCUAUAACUAUGAUGGCCAGACGACCCGUUUUGACCCCGAGGAGGUUCUGACAUGCUUGAAUGAACUCCGAGGAAGAGGUAUCACGAACAUCGCAGUCAGUUGCAUCUUCGCACCCAUCAACAGCGACCAAGAAAACCAGGUUAGGGAUUUGAUAAGAGAACAUUACAAGGAGGCAAGCGUGACACUCUCUCAUGAGAUCGGUCAGAUGGGGCUCCUAGAGAGGGAGAACGCCGCCAUCUUGAAUGAGUCGCUGAAGCCCUUAUGCAGAGAGACGAUCCAUGCUUUCACCAGUCUCCGAGAGCUGGACAUUCAGUGUCCAUUCUACAUGACGCAAAAUGAUGGCACGAUAAUCAGUUCCGACUUGGCGCUUGAUCUACCGGUGCGCACAUUUUCCUCCGGUCCCACAAACAGUAUGAGAGGAGCAGCGCAUUUGUCAGGCGUGACAGACAAUGCCAUUGUCAUCGACAUCGGUGGGACAUCGACCGACGUCGGCUACCUGAUGAAAGGUUUCCCGCGGGAGUCGUCGAGCAGGAGCCACAUUGCAGGAAUCUCGACCAACUUCAGGAUGCCUGAUGUUCAGUGCAUCGGUCUCGGUGGUGGCUCGCUGGUGCAAGGAGAACAUAUGAACAACAUAGCUGUUGGUCCAAGCAGUGUUGGUUAUCGUCUGCUUAGUAAGGGUCUUAUUUUUGGCGGGAACACUCUAACAGCAACGGAUAUUGCCGUAGCAGCGGGCCUUGCUAAAAUAGAAGGAGACACUGCUAAGGUCAAUCAGAUUCCCAAGACCGUUGUAGACAGUGCUGUGGACAAAAUACACAGAAUGGUGGAAGAGGUUAUCGAUCAAGUCAAGAUCAGCGGUGAUGAUGUACCAGUCAUCGUUGUUGGAGGAGGGAGUAUUCUAAUCGAUGAGAAACGUGGCCUUCGAGGAGCUUCUCGUCUCAUAAAACCACCUCAUUAUCAGUCGGCUAAUGCAGUGGGUGCGUCUCUAAGUCAAGUCAGCGGUACAGUAGACUAUGUGGUAAACGUCGCUCAGAUCUCACGUGAAGAUGCGGUCGGGACCGCGGAAGCCAAGGCACGACGUGCUGCAGUGACAAAUGGCGCUGAUGAGUCCACUUUGGAAAUCACCGAACGUCAGUCGGUAGGAUUAGCCUAUCUUCCAGGCCAAGUCAUACGCAUCAAAGUCAAAGCCGUGGGGAGUUUAGCGACCUCCAAUCUCGAGUCACACCGUAGUUCAUACCAGACAGAGGACACACCAAGUGGAACCUUGGCAGAAGCAUCUCCCUCCAAGCAAUCAUGUGAUGAAGGGAGUGGCCAAUCAGGAACAACGGGACAAGAUGCGCCUCAGACGACAGCAAAUAGAAGUGAUAUCGAAAGCACUGAUGAAAGAGACUAUCAACCUCAUGUCGAUUCGGUCACUGGUGAAUGGAUCAUCAGCGAACGUGACAUUGAGUACAUCACUAUCGGAGCGGGGCUGCUCGGGUCAGGCGGAGGGGGUAGCCCCUACAUGGGCAAGCUGAGGGCUCUUAAACAGCUGAGGAGUGGCAAGAGGAUCAGGGUCAUUGCCCCAGAGAGAUUGGGCACAACGCCAGCUCUGCAGGGGAAGGUCCCAUCCAUGGCAUUCAUCGGUGCUCCCGCUGUACUAAUCGAGAAACUGGUCUCUGGAACUGAGAUACCCCGGGCACUCGUCUGCUUUGGAGACGUACUGGCCGCAAACCCUGAGGACGUUCGCCAACAAGCAACCUCUUUAGAAAAUGCCGAUGACAAUAUGAAUGACGGACUGGUCUUUGUGAAGGACUACACCCUCUGCUCUAAGACUUCUGCACCUGACAGGGUUUGUGCGAUCGUGGCAGGAGAAAUUGGUGGAUUCAACUCGAUUGAACCUCUGAUCGCUGGUGCCGAGCUUGAUGUACCCAUACUAGACUGCGAUGGAAUGGGGAGGGCGUUUCCAGAGAUGCAGAUGUUCCUUCCCUCGAUUCACAAGAAACCCUUGUAUCCCGCGGUCUUGGUUAGUGAUGGUAGUCAACAGUCCGUGAUAGCUGAGGCAGCAAACUCAGUUCAGGUCGAAAACUGUUUUCGUAAUGUCGUCGGGGUCAAAUGGGUCUUAUGUUCUGGAGCAAUGGUCUUUGGACCACUGUGCGCAGAGGAUAUUUUAGCCACAACUGUACCAUACUCCUACAGCCGUGCCUGGCAUCUUGGUCAUGUAGUGAUGGCGUCCCAAAGCUCUAGCUCUGACCCGAUCCAGGCCAUCGCCCGGGCUGGCAACGGGGUGCUACUCAUCAGGGGCAAGAUAACCAACGUAAAUCGUGAGACUACAGGGGGUUUUGAUAAGGGAGACGUGCUGGUAGAAGGAUCAGGAGAGUACUCAGGAGUUUCCUUUCUCGUUUGUUUCCAGAACGAGAAUCUUGUUGCUAAGGAACAGAAAAUCGUUGACGGCAUGCUCCAGGAAAAGAUCGUUGCCAUGACACCUGACAUCAUCACCAUUACCGACGCUGACAAAGGUCAUCCUGUCCCAACAGAAGAGGUCCAGUACGGUCUCCGUGUAGCCGUCAUCGCCCUGCCCAGCCCUACAGUUCUACGAUCACCACAGGCCCUAUCCGUCAUCGGCCCCAGAGCGUUCAGUUACGAUGUUGACUUUGUCCCCAUAGCCGACUAUGUGCCACCUACCCCCAUUCCUCUCCUACCUUAAAAAAAUAAGAGAGGCAAGCUCUUUCAACAUUUUUAAGGAUAAAACCUCUUUUUAAACUUAAAAAUAUAUAUACAAAGCAGAUUAAGAUCGAAUUACAUCUGAAAUAUCUGCUGUUAUAUUUUCGAGUAAAGUUUUGGAGAUACUGUAAAUUGUAGCUUCUUUAUAAAUGAAAACAUUUAUUUUUUUAGCUAAAAGAGAAAUAUACAAAUCAGAUUAAGAUUGAAUUAUAUCUGAAAUAUCUGCCAUUUAUAUUUUUGGAGAUACUGUAUAUUCUAGAUUUCGGAUUUGAUUUGUUUCCCAGUUCGCCGUAAUUGUCAUCAUGCUGCAUAAAUGUAGCCAUUUUAUUUGAUGACAAAAGGGUUUACUCAUCAUGUUAAUUAUACUUUUUGAUGUUACAAAAUUGAUAUCUAGAAAAUAAAUUCGUAUUUUUGAAACAAUAUUUCUUAAUCAUGUGUAAUAUGAUCAUUGUGCAAUAAAUGAGUACCAUGAAAUAAAAUAUAUAGGCUAUUUUUAGACAAGAAAUCUAGAUUAUGAAGCUACUAUUAACUGGAAGAUGUUUGGAUGAUGUACAAACGAAAUCAUGUAUGUCUAAUCAGAUAGUAUUAGUUUUUAUCAGGAAAAAUAAAUCAUGAAAAAUCAUCUCCAUCCUCUUUUCAAGAAUUCGUUUUUGUAUACAAGUACAACCAAUGCUCGCCAACAUAUUGUCAAUGACAUAAUUAAUUUUUCAAAGCGCAUU